AUGGAGACAUCUGUCCCAGCCCCUGCAGUGGAGAAGAAAGAAGCCAAGAGCGGCCUCUUGGAGGACGGCAGCUUCCUGGAUCCAGGGAAAAAGGCUUGUCCUCUGGCGGUGGCCGCAGCAGCGGCAGCUGUAGCUGCCCAAGGAGUUCCUCAGCAGCUCCUGCCGCCUUUCCACGCGCCUUUGCCGAUUGACAUGCGGCACCAGGAGGGACGGUACCAUUACGAUCCGCACUCAGUCCACGGUGUACACGGGCCUCCCACCCUGAGCGGCAGCCCUGUCAUCUCAGAUAUCUCCUUGAUCCGACUUUCUCCACACCCUGCCGGCCCCGGGGAAUCCCCCUUCAGUGCGCACCACCCCUACGUGAACCCCCAUAUGGAGCACUACCUCCGGUCUGUACACAGCAGCCCCACACUCUCAAUGAUCUCUGCAGCCAGGGGCCUCAGCCCUGCUGAUGUGGCCCACGAGCAUCUGAAAGAGAGAGGGCUAUUUGGUCUUGCUGCCCCAGCUACCAACCCUUCAGACUAUUACCACCAGAUGACCCUCAUGGCAAGCCACCCUACACCUUAUGGGGACCUGCUAAUGCAGAGUGGGGGUGCUGCCAGCGCACCCCAUCUCCAUGACUACCUCAAUCCUGUGGAUGCGUCGCGAUUCUCUAGCCCACGUGUGACCCCCCGCCUGAGCCGCAAGCGGGCGCUCUCCAUCUCCCCACUCUCAGAUGCCAGCCUCGACCUGCAGCGCAUGAUCCGGACCUCUCCCAACUCGCUGGUGGCUUACAUCAACAACUCCAGGAGCAGCUCGGCAGCCAGCGGCUCCUACGGACAUCUGUCGGCCGGUGCCCUCAGCCCAGCCUUUACCUUCCCCCACCCCAUCAACCCCGUGGCCUACCAGCAGAUCCUGAGCCAGCAGCGGGGCCUGGGCUCAGCCUUCGGACACACGCCACCCCUGAUCCAGCCUUCACCCACCUUCCUGGCCCAGCAGCCCAUGGCGCUCACCUCCAUCGGCACCAUGCCUACCCAGCUCAGCAGCAACAGCAGCAAUUGUCUAAAUGAUGCCAACCAGAACAAGCAGAGCAGCGAGUCUGCUGUGAGCAGCACCGUGAAUCCCAUCACCAUUCAUAAACGCAGCAAGGUCAAGACUGAGGCUGAGGGCCUGAGGCCAGCCUCCCCACUGGGACUGACGCAGGACCGGGUAGCCAGGUGUGGCUCAUGUGGAUGUGGUCUUCCCUCCUCCCAGGAACAGCUGGCCGAUCUCAAGGAAGACCUGGACAGGGACGACUGUAAGCAGGAGGCCGAGGUGGUCAUCUACGAGACCAACUGCCACUGGGCAGACUGCACAAAGGAGUACGACACGCAGGAGCAGCUGGUGCAUCAUAUCAACAACGAGCACAUCCACGGAGAGAAGAAGGAGUUCGUGUGCCGCUGGCAGGCCUGCACGAGAGAGCAGAAGCCCUUCAAGGCGCAGUACAUGCUGGUUGUCCACAUGCGCAGGCACACGGGUGAGAAGCCGCACAAGUGCACGUUCGAGGGUUGCUCCAAGGCCUACUCUCGCCUGGAGAACCUGAAGACACACCUGAGGUCCCACACGGGGGAGAAGCCAUACGUGUGUGAACACGAAGGCUGCAACAAGGCCUUCUCCAACGCCUCGGACCGUGCCAAACACCAGAACCGCACUCACUCCAAUGAGAAACCCUACAUCUGCAAGAUCCCAGGCUGCACCAAGAGGUACACAGACCCCAGCUCUCUCCGCAAGCAUGUGAAGACGGUCCAUGGGCCAGAUGCCCAUGUCACCAAGAAGCAACGCAAUGAUGUGCACCUCCGUGCUCCGCUGCUCAAGGAGAAUGGGGACAAUGAGGCCAGCGCCGAGCCGGGUGGCCGGGGAUCUGAGGACGGUGUGGAGGCCAGCAGCACCAGCCACACUGUGGAGGAUUGCCUACACAUCAAAGCCAUCAAGACGGAGAGCUCCGGGCUGUGUCAAUCCAGCCCCGGGGCCCAGUCAUCCUGCAGCAGCGAGCCCUCUCCCCUGGGCAGUGCCCCCAACAAUGACAGUGGCGUGGAGAUGCCGGGGACAGGGCCCGGGAGUCUGGGAGACCUGACAGCACUGGAUGACCCAUCUCCAGGAGCUGAUACCUCAGCCUUGGCUGCCCCCUCCACUGGCGGCCUGCAGCUGCGCAAACACAUGACCACCGUGCACCGCUUUGAGCAGUUGAAGAGAGAAAAACUCAAGUCACUCAAGGAUUCCUGCUCGUGGGCCGGCCCAGCUCCGCACACCCACAACACCAAGCUGCCUCCCCUCCCAGCAAAUGGUUCUGUUCUGGAAAGCUUCCACGGCACUGGGGGCGGUGGGCCAGCGGGGCUGCUGCCCAGCCAGCGGCUGCCAGAGCUGACCGAGGUAACGAUGCUGAGCCAGCUGCAGGAAAGAAGGGACAGCUCCACCAGCACCGUGAGCUCGGCCUACACCGUGAGCCGCCGCUCCUCCGGCAUCUCCCCGUACUUCUCCAGCCGGCGCUCCAGCGAGGCCUCACCUCUGGGUGCCGGCCGCCAGCACAAUGCCAGCUCAGCAGACUCCUAUGACCCCAUCUCCACAGAUGCCUCCCGGCGCUCCAGUGAGGCCAGCCAGUGCAGCGGUGGUGGCCCAGGGCUGCUCAACCUCACGCCUGCGCAGCAGUACAGCCUGCGUGCCAAGUACGCGGCGGCCACGGGCGGACCGCCACCCACCCCACUGCCGGGCCUCGAGCGCGUAAGCCUUCGCACCCGCCUGGCGCUACUGGAUGCUCCCGAACGUGCACUGCCCGGCGCCUGCCCACAUCCACUGGGGCCACGACGUGGCAGCGAUGGUCCUGCCUACGGCCACGGCCACGGCCACGGCUAUGUAGGCGCGGCUCCGGCCUUCCCGCACGAGGGGCCAGGUGGCAACAUGCGCCGGGCCAGCGAUCCGGUGCGGCGACCUGACCCCCUCAUUCUGCCUCGAGUACAGCGUUUCCACAGUACCCAUAACAUGAAUCCGGGUUCACUGCCACCCUGCACUGAUCGGCGAGGCCCGCAUCUGCAGAGCCACCCUAGUGUGGAUAGCAGCCUGACCCGCAGCACCUACUCCCCGAGACCCCCUAGCAUCAGUGAGAACGUGAUGAUGGAGGCCAUAGCUGCUGGAGUAGAUGGUACAGGGCUCGGAUCUGACCUGGGGCUGGUGGAAGAUGAGCUGGUGCUGCCAGAUGAUGUGGUACAGUACAUCAAGGCCCAUACCAGUGGUACCUUGGAUGGCAGCACCCGGCAGGGGUAUCCUACAGAAAGCACUGGUUUCCCUGAGAACUCUAAACUGCCCAGUCCUGGGCUGCAAGGCCACCGUAGGCUGGCGGCUGCCGACUCCAAUGUGGGCCCUUCUGCUCCUGGACUGGGGGGCUGCCAGGUGAACUACAGCCCCUCCUCCAACCUCAACAAGAGCAACAUGCCUGUGCAGUGGAAUGAGGUGAGUUCUGGCACCAUGGAUGCCCUGCCCAGUCAGGUGAAGCCACUUCCUUUUCCCCACAGCAACCUGGCUGUGGUUCAGCAGAAGCCAGCCUUUGGCCAGUACUCAGGAUAUAGCCCACAAGCCCUGCAGGCCAGCUCCGGAGGUCUAGACAGCACCCAGCCACACCUACAGCUUCGUGGAGCUCCCUCUGCCCCCAGAGGGAGCUACACGCAUCAGCCUCGACAGCCGGCCACAGGUGGCCAGUGCCUGAGUGUGACUGCCGCCAUGAGCCCUCAGGCCAACUACAGCCAAGCCCACCCCCAGCUGAGCCCGAACGUUGUCAGUGGACCCCUGAACCAGUUCUCUCCCUCCUGCGGCAAUAUGGCAGCCAAGCCCAGCCACCUGGGACUCCCACCACAAAUGGAAGUCGUCCCCACUGCCACCAUGAUGAGUGGCCAUCAACGGGAGCUUGGGAUUGCCAAUUCGUCCCUGGCUGGGGUGUCACAAGCUCAGGCAGUCCUGAGCUAUCCCCAGCAGGAAGGCUACCAACAGGGUCCCAACCUUCUCCCGUCCCAUCAGCCUAGUUUCAUGGAGUCCCAGCAGAGCACCGGCUUUGGCCUCAUGCAGCCUCGGCCGCCCCUUGAGCCCAGCACGGCUGGCCGUCAACGUGGAGUACGUGCCGGGCAACAGCAGUUGUAUGCCAGGACCGCUGGCCAAGCCAUGGUCACAUCGGCCAACCAAGAGACAGCAGAAGCUCUGCCCAAGGGAACAGCCGGGACCAUGGUCUCCCUGGCUCCUCAGCCGUCUCAGGACACAGGGCGGUCACAGGACCAGAACACGCUCUACUACUAUGGCCAGAUCCACAUGUAUGAACAGAAUGAAGGCUGCCCAGCCAUGCAGCCCCAGCCACCACAACCACAACCAUGCUCAGACAGUGUCCAGCCUCAGCCUCUGCCUUCACCAGGGGUCAACCAGGUGUCCAGCACUGUGGACUCCCAGCUCCUGGAGGCCCCCCAGAUUGACUUUGACGCCAUCAUGGAUGACGGCGAUCACUCCAGUCUGUUCUCCGGUGCACUGAGCCCCACCCUCCUCCACAAUCUCUCCCAGAAUUCCUCACGCCUCACCACACCCCGGAACUCCCUGACACUGCCCUCCAUCCCCGCGGGCAUCAGCAACAUGGCUGUGGGGGACAUGAGCUCCAUGCUCACCAGCCUGGCUGAAGAGAACAAGUUUUUGAAUAUGAUGACCUAAAGGCCCUGGCUCCUGGGGCAGAGC